ACAAGACAAUGUUACGAUUUGGAUCUGUAAACGGAAGGCCACAUUGGCAAAAUGACAAGUAGAGUGAGUUAAACAAAACCCAUGGCGCCACUCUAUCCAAAAUGAAAAAAUCAUGAUGUUUUGCCACACCACCACUUCCACCACCUUCCUCCACCUCUCAACCCACCAUAACCCCCACCACCAAUCUUCUCCUUUCAUCACCAAUUUUUCUCUCUCCUCCUCCCAAAACCCUCAACCUUCCGACCCCCCAAAACCCCCAAUCUUAAACCCUAAUACCCAACAAAUUCUCCGGACCCACAACUCCAAAUCCACCUCCUUCCUCCUUCUUAACCCCCACCAACAACAAUGGCUUCCACCCCACGAGAAAAACGACGACGUUUUGUUAUCAGAAGAAGAGAAAGCAAGAAUUCUGGAAUUGACCCUUGUUAGAAAACGCCCACCUCAAUUUCCGGGUUCAAUUUAUACCCGCCCACCUCAUGGAAAUGACCUUUCUCUCCCUCCUUUGAAUACCCUUUUGAAGGGUGAUGAUGAUAGUGAAGAAGGUGAGAUUUUGAUGAAGGCUAUUAAGAUAAGGAGGGAAGUUUGUUUGGAAAUUUUUAUUGAUUUUCUGGUUAGAAAGGGUAAAUUUGGUAUUACUUAUUCUAAGAAUAUGGGGUCUAAUUUGGGUGAUUUCAUUGAUUUGGUUAUGAUUGAGGCUGCUGCUUUGAAAAAAGUUCCUGAAUUUUCGAGUUUUUCGUUUAAUGCUCGAGCUCGAAAAUUUAUUGAGGAGUCUAAUGUUGUUCCUCUUAUUAGGUGGUUGAAACACAAUUCAUUGUCACACCCUCAGAUUGGUAGAAUCAUAUGCAUGGCAAAGGGGGAUGUCCAAUUAAUAAGAGAGCAUGUAGAGUGGCUAAAGUCAAUUCAUGUGAAUGGAAGAUACAUAGGAGUUGUGUUCACGAGAGUUGGAGAGACCAUUUUGAGGCAUAGCAUAGAAGAAAUGGAUGAGAUUGUUGUGUAUCUAGAGAAAAAAGGUGUGAGGAGGGAUUGGAUGGGUUAUGUCAUCAGCCGAUGCCCUGAAUUAUUGGCUUUUAGCAUGGAAGAAGUGAAAACUCGUGUGAGUUUUUACACAGACAUGGGCAUGAACAACCAUGAUUUUGGUACGAUGGUUUAUGAUUUCCCCAAAGUCCUUGGCUAUUUUGCUUUAGAAGAGAUGAAGCAAAAGGUAAACUAUCUAAAAGAAUUUGGGCUAGGCGACAAUGAUGUUGGAAGAUUACUGGCAUUUAAACCUCAGUUGAUGGCAUGUAGCAUUGAGGAAAGAUGGAAACCUCUUCUCAAGUUCCUUUAUUAUCUUGGAAUCGAUCGAGAUGGCAUGAGAAGAAUGCUCGUCAUCAAACCAAUGGUUUUCUGUGUUGACAUGGAAGCUACUAUUGUUCCAAAGGUACGGUUUCUGCAAGACUUGGGUAUCACAGAUGAUGCCAUCGGUCGCAUGCUUGUUAGGUUUCCUCCGUUGCUGACAUACAGCCUUUACAAGAAAAUUCGGCCAGUGGUUGUGUUCCUACUUACAAAAGCUGGAGUCACACAGAAAAAUAUAGCGAAGGUGGUGGCUUUGGCACCAGAGCUAUUGGGGUGCAGCAUUGCGCAUAAACUGGAUGGCAAUGUAAAGUAUUAUCUGUCGCUUGGGAUUAGUCUUCGACUGUUAGGUGAGAUGAUUGCUGAUUUCCCAAUGCUCUUGCGAUACAAUGUCGAGCUUCUCCGACCCAAGUAUCGCUACCUGCGAAGAACAAUGAUCCGUCCUCUAAAGGAUCUCAUCGAAUUUCCAAGGUUUUUCAGUUAUUCUCUAGAAGACAGAAUCAUACCAAGGCACAAGGUUUUGCUGGAGAAUCAGGUGAACUUCAAACUCCGGUAUAUGUUGGCGAGCAGUGAUGAGGAAUUCAAGCAGCGAGUCAAGGCUGCAGUUGAAAAGCGGCAGAGAUUUGAAUCAGGCGCUACUGCACUUCAUGAAGAACCUGCAGAUUCUGAAACUAUGGAUUAUUCUUCUGUUAGUGAACUUGAUUCUAGCUCAUUCCGGAGUAAUGAUCCUAAUAUUGUGCUGUUUGAUUCGGGUUGACUAUCCCUUGGUCCCAACCCAUUGUAUACUAACUAGCCAACACUUUAUACUCAAAUAGACUGUAUUAUUGAGAUGUAUAGAUGAAUAGAUCGUUAGAUGGUGAAACUAGAUUACAUAAUUACUGUAUGAAACUUCAUUCAUUUGGAAUUAAUUGUCUAAUACUAAGACAACGAUAGUAGGUCCAAAAA